UCACUGCGGGGAAUCACGUGGUUUUAUUUUGAUAUGAAACACGGAUAAUGGCGGCGUCAUUGUCUCGACUUGGUUUGUGUAGAAUAUGCGGCAAAGCUUUUCGAAGCGCCUCAGGAUUAAACGAUCAUGAAAGAAAACAUACGGGGGUAGCGCCAUACAGAUGUUGUGGACGGAUGUUCUACAGCAAAGCUAAUUUAACAAGGCACAGGUGCGCAGCACAUAAGGAAACUAAAGAGUUUGCCUGCGAGACAUGUGGGAGGUCGUUCGCAAUAUUGGCAGACCUAAGAGCGCACAUGACACAACACCAAAAAGCAACCUUUAAAUGUGACACAUGCGGACAUGAAAUGAGAAGGAGAGGCCAGUGA